AUGGUGGUCCAACACCACCAACCCCAGCACCCUCACCCACCUUGUCGCCACCCGUCAUUCCAGCACCCUCACCCCCUCGUCGCCCGCAAUCGAUCCUUACCAGUGGUAUCCGACACAGCUAACCCCAGCACCCUCAUUCCCCUCGUCGCCACCAGGCAGUCCUUACCAGCAGGAUCCGUCACCGCCAACCCCAGCACCCUCGUCGCCGCCAAUCAAUCUAGCAUCCUUACCAGUGGUAUCAGACAUCGCCAACGCCAGCACCUUCACCGCCACCAGCGGGAUCCGACACUGCCAACCCCAGCACCCUCAUCGCCACCAGUCAGUCCACCACCCUCGUUGUCCGCAGUCGAUCCUUACCAGCGCGAUCCGACACCCCCAACCCCCGGCACCCUCCCCCUCUCGUCGCCCCCAAUCGGUCCUUACUAA